UUUAAAGACUUGCCAUUGUUGGCCCAUCUGGACUUGUCAUAUAAUAAGCUGUGGUCCGUCCCCGAUCAACUCAUUUCCACACUUGGGCAACUAGAAAAAUUUUACUUGAUGGGAAACAAACUCACGGAAAUUCCAGAUGGCUUCUUUGAUGGCUUAGAUAAUCUGGCUUAUGUGUACCUGGAGAAGAAUCCAUGGAACUGCAACUGUGCCCUCGAGUACUUCAAGAAAUGGAUAGAGGAGAACGACUUUUCAGUCUACCAACUCUCUGACGGUCACCCAGUUAAUGACGCAGAAAGUGUGAUCUGCUUCGAUGGGACCCCGCUUUUGCAUUACAGCAUGGAUCAAUGCCACUUCAAAGGGAAAGGUGACAUGGAUUUCAAAUUUUUGCCCAAGCCACCAACGAAGGCGUUGCCAACUGUAAAAGCCACAAAAGCUGAGCCAGUGGUCAGAACCUCCACACAACCAUGGCCAACAAUUUUGAUAGCAACCUCCGAAGUUGGGAAGAUGGCAGAAACUACAACGGUACUAACCACAAAAGUAUGGCAAACAUCGACAGAUAUGAAGUUUGGGGAAAUAACUACACCAACCACAAAGCCAGCCACCACAAAGGUGUAUGCAUCAACAUGGACAUCGGGGGCUUCAAGAACUAGUGAAAGAACCACAGAAAUUCCAAACACGACCACCUAUCAAACACUUUUGAUGACAACCUCCGACGUUGGGACAACUGGAAUAACUACAGAGGUGCCAAUUCCAAGUUUGCACUCAACGACGAAGAGAGAACUGAGCACGGUGAUGACUACAGCUACCAGCGAUGUUCCUACCAGCGUGGCCAGGUCAUCAAAGGUGCCAACUCCAACUUUGCACUCCACAACGAAGAGAGAACCGAGCACGGUGAUGACUGCAGCUACCAGCGAUGCUACUACCAGUGUGGCCAAGACACCUGUUACGAUGACCUCAGGAGACCUCAGGGGAACCCAAGAACAACUUCUGUACUCCAUGCCCCCUGCAAGAGAUUCCAGGGUGGCAGCAACUGGCAUGUCUUGGCUGGCGCAAGUUAUCCUAGAACACUGCUGCAUCCUCCAUCUGCUCAUCUAUGCCUUGUGCCUACUCAUUGUCCUGGCGCAAAUGGUGACAUCGGUGCUGAUACUGGUGUGGACAUACCAUUUUUUCUACUCACAUUACAAGGCGCUUACAGAAGACCUGCCCGAGAUCCGACUGGUCCGCUACAGCCUGCGAGCACCGGCGGACGAAGGAGAGAUAUUGCUGAUGCACAACGGCACGCUCGAAUCUCACUUUAGAGACCAGUCAUCCAACGGGGUGACAAGAAUGUUAGUGAUUGAAGCGGAUGCUAGGGCCCAUGAUAUAAGGUGCACGUCCGCCAUUCUGUAGUACUACAGGUUUGUGUUAUAUAGUGAUGCCGCUAAGCUAGACAAGUGAUGUUCAGCCUCACCAUCGGUGGUAAUUAAUUGCUUGCCAGCCAUUGACGAUUUUGCAGCAGCUAGUUUGCAAUUUCGUAACGUUUUGUGAAUAACAAGCAAUUAAUCUUGUCCACGAUGACUAAAACGGAAUGAGCCCUUACUAUAGGCAAUUACAGUGUUUGGGUACAAUACGCCACUAUUGCAUACGUUACAGCGUAGGGGAUAUUUAUAUACACAGUAAUGCUAAUGAAAGUAUCACUUUCCUUUAUGACUGAUCAGCAUUGUAAUUAAGAACGUGUAUGCAAUUGACCCGUACUUCCAACUCUAUAAUCACAGGAGUGGAAGUACAGGUAAGUUGCAUACACUUCAUUCAGAGGUGUACUCGCUGAUAUCAGACGCAGUGGAUUGAUUUUUUGCAACUGCACAUGUGUCCAAGUCGCAUUGCGCAUGGGUCCCCAUUGCGUCUGUACGGAGUGUCAGUUGCAAUUUUGGGCGCACGCAGGGGGAAGUGUAUUGAAAAUGUAGAGGGCAUUCAAAAUCCACUUUUAGCCCCACAUCUGUACCAUAAGUAAGUGAGAUACCGUUUUACUGUAGAUGCGGGACAGAGGGGGUGAGGCUGUUAGUCAUCACAUGGUCAGAAACACCCUCUACUUUGUAAUAAAAUAUAAAUAUAUACACGACUUCAUACGUGUUACUUGACACGUGUAAUGUAGGUCGCCUGGUAACGAGCUUGCUUAAUAGCGUGCACCUGGAUAAAAAAUGUGAUCCAUCGAUUGAAUAAACUCAGACAACUAUUAUUGAUGUUAA